AUGUGGCGCCUCUGUGGCGGCGUGAAGCACCUCGCCGUCUCGUGGAUUGGGGCCUCGCUUGACUGCAGUGCUGCAGCUGCCAUAAUGGGCCACACGACUGUGCGGCGGUGGCAGUCGCAGAGCUCUCGCGGUCAGCCGGGGCUUCACUGGGAUGAGGGCGUUGUCGACCCGCGCUACUCAUCGGAGGGCAACAUGCGGAAGUUUAACCCUGACACAGUGGCCCACUACGUCAAGGCGACGAUCCAAAACGAUCGAAGGGAAAUGGGCCUUGGGGAGGUGUACGACUGGAAUGAAUUUGCGAAGGACGCCGUAUACAUCCCAACGCGGUCGGGGCCGUUAUGGGUUGGCAGUGACGACCCGCGCUGUGCCAAGUUUAUGCGCCGCCGCGAAAAAAUGAGGAAGACGCCGCAGCAAAAGGCACGACCGAAGCCGGGGCCUGACCCUGCCAAACAACUCGAGGAUCACCCACUGCGGGAGUUCUUUACGACGGCGACCAAUCUGCGUGAUCCACUCAGCACAGCGAAUAAUCUGCACCGUGCGGGACUCAUCCGGGAGUACGAUAUCAAGCAUGUGGCGGCGAAAAUUCGGUACAUACCACGUCCACCGAUUGUAUCUAUUAUGGGCCACGUUGAUCACGGCAAGACGACGUUGCUGGAUUACCUGCGCCACACGAAUGUGGCCUCGGAAGAGGCGGGUGGUAUCACUCAGAACGUUGGCGCCUUCCAGGUAAAGACAGCGGAGAGUCAUGCGGUGACCUUUAUCGAUACACCCGGUCAUGCUGCCUUUGCAGCGAUGCGGGAGGUGGGUGUGGCAGCCAAUGAUCUUAUUAUCCUCGUCGUCUCUGCUGUUGAUGGGGUGCAGCCACAGACGAAAGAGGUGAUUGACCUCGCUCGCCACGCAGGCAUUCCGCUUGUAGUCGCGUGCACAAAGAUUGAUCGACAGCCGAAGGUGGAUGCCAUAAAGCAGCAGUUACGCGGCUGUGGUGUAGAGCUGGAGGAGGAUGGUGGGGACACUCAGUUCGUUUGUGUGUGUGGACGGGAUGGCACCGGUGUUCCAGGCCUCUUGGAGGCAGUCGCCUUGCAAGCGGAGGUGUGUGAGAUUAGUACCCCGGACCCCUCGAGAUGUGAGGUUACUGUCAUUGAGUCAAGUGGUACCAGUGCGACAAAUGAGGUGACAGGUAUCGUGCGUUGUGGGAAAUUGAGACCGGGACAAGUGUUGGUGUCGGGUAUGACGUACGCGACUGUUCGGAAAGUUCUGGAUGACCGUGGGAAUACAGUACAAGAGGCCGGACCCUCCAUGCCAGUCGUUAUACAUGGCUUUCGCGUUCAUCCCAAGCCGGGUGCUGUGCUAAUGCAGGUGAGCAGUGAGUCUCAUGCGCAGAAGUAUUAUCUUUUUAUGAAGGAUGUGUACAAGACGGAAGGUCGGCGUGAGGAUUAUUUACAGCUUCUGAACCAGGAACAACAUGGAAUGAUUUAUGCCCGUAAACCGGAUAACAAUAUGGUGCGCACAUACAGUACUAAAGCCUUUGUGCUGUCUUGCAAGGCGGCAACCUUUGGCAUGCUACAGGCUCUCAUGAAGACACUCUACGAAUUGCCUCGAUUGGAAGGUAUUUCAAUGGAGAUUAAGGUAACCGAGGUGGGUGGGCUAAAAGAUUACGACAUUGCCCUCAUUGGGAGUUCUGGGCAACCCGGCUGUAUUCUUCUCUACGGGGAUAGCAAGGAUACAAACACACUGGAUGUUCCUAAUCACGUCAAGGUGAUUCGUUUCGGCGUGUUAUACCACGGCAUUGAUGCACUAAAGGAAACAUUUGUGGAGGCGAUGCCUAAAAUUACAAAGACACGUGUCACGGCGGAGGCGGAGUGUUUGCAGGUAUUUCGUGCAUCACAGGCAGGGAGGAAUGGCAAUGCCGGUGGGGUACGGGUAACCAAAGGCACCAUCAUUGGAUCGCAUCUCUUGUUUCGUGUCUUGCGCAAGUCUUCGCGGGGUAAACUCACGGGAGGCGGUAACGGCUCAAAGAGGAACGACGGCGAUGACGACACCACAGAGGGUUCUCGUACAGUAGUGUACGAGGGUCAAAUAAAGGAGUUGCGCCGCUUCAAGGAAAUUGUGCCUUCUGUUGAAAUGGGCCUGGAAUGCGGGGUUAUUCUUCAUGAUGAAUUUCAGUUUCGGUCAGGGGACAUUCUUCAACAGUGUGAGGUGUAUGAGGAGCCACGUGAUGUGGCUGAGGAGUACGCAGCGGCGGAGCUUCGAGAGAAAAUUAUGCUGGAGACGGCCGCAAUGCAGGCAGAAAUGGAGGAGAAAAAUGCAGAGGGUGAAAGCAGUGCUGCUUCCAUGUAG